UCGAUAACAUUAGCACCAUCUUUGAUUGCCUUCUCAUAUGCCAAGUUUGUACAUCCAGGAUAGUCCCCACUCGCACCAUUUUUCGAUAUAACUGUGGCCACCCCUACUUCAAGCUUGAUUGUGGCAAAGGAUUCGCAGAGCUAACCAUCUCCUUUGCGACAUACAGAAUCUUAGAAGCUAACUAUGACUCUCGUAUCAUAAGACUCGCAAGAUUGGAUUAUAUUGACAAUCUUUGUCCCCCAUACGCACUAAAUGCGUCAUUCCUUACCAGCGUCCUUCCAUUCGCUCUUCACACCGAGAUGCUAACAAUUUAUUACAGCUGCCAAAAAUGGUCAUCUCUUAAUGCUUACUUUGGAGAGCUUCAUUGUGAGGGUGACAAAAAAACUAUAACAAACUACUAUGGGACGAGAAACCUCUCAUCUCCUUCACUAUACGGAAGUAGUGGCUUUUUAUUUGAUAACUUGAGGGGAAAUUGCCAAAAAGGCGUCAGUAUACCAGUGUAUGGAUCGGCGUCAAACACAUUGCGUUUGGAUAAUCUACAGAAGAAUCUUGAAAAGGGUUUCCAGGUUGAGCAUAAUCAAGACUGUUCAAGGUGCAUAGAAUCUAAGGGUGCUUGUGGAUACAAUCAGACUACAAGAAGUUUUGUCUGCUAUUGUAAGGAUGGGACUUAUGGCAACAAUUGUGGCUCUGGAAAGGGUAGUCAUGGGAAUUUUUUCAAUAGAAUUCGCAUAGGUAAAUUCCUUGCCAGAGAGACUAUGAAUUGUUAUCAAUUCUUAAAUCAAUAA